AUGUCAUUCAACCAGGACACUACCACUUUCGACUCGAUCGGCUCGUUCCACAACAUCUGGCUGCGAGACAACUGCAGAUGCCAGGAGCACUACCAUCCGCUGACCAAGCAGCGUCUGCAGAACACCUUUGCCAUUCCUGAAGACGUGCAGCCCUCCAAGGUUGCCCUGAACGGUGACAACUGGGACGUGACCUGGAAGCACGACGGCCACGUGUCCUCUUACCCCGUGGACUGGCUCAACCGCCACAACUACUCCAAGCCCAAGACCCAGACCAAGACCGGCCCUGCCCAGCUCGACACGCAGGUCCGCAAGAAGUACUGGCUGGCAGCCGAUAUCGAAGCCGACAAGCCCACUGUCAAGUUCGAAGACGUGAUGAAGACCGACAAGGGCUUGGCCGAAUGGAGCAAGAAGAUCUACGCCGACGGGUUCUGCUUCGUGUCUGGAGUCCCCGCCACUCCCGAAGACACCGAGAAGCUGUGCGAGCGACUGGCCCACAUCAAACAUACUCACUACGGCGGCUUCUGGGACUUCACCGCCGAUCUCGCCAUGAACGACACUGCUUACACAAACUUCCACCUGGCCUCGCACACCGACGGUACUUACUGGACUGACACGCCCGGUCUGCAGCUGUUCCACUGUCUGCACCAUGAUGGCAAGGGUGGCGAAAACAUGCUGGUAGACGGAUUCCGAGCCGCCCAGGAGUUUAAGAAACUCAACCCGGAGGGCUACGAGCUGCUUUCUCGGGUCCGAAUCCCGGCCCACUCUGCCGGAGAGGACAGCGUGUGUAUCACCCCCGAGGUUCCCCAGCCUGUGUUCACCCACGACCCCAUCACCGGAGAGCUGCAGCAGGUGCGAUGGAACAACGACGACCGAUCUGUGAUGGAUACCUGGGACAGCCCCGAAGAUGUGCCCAAGUUCUACAAGGCCAUUCGGCAGUGGAACGGCAUUCUCACCGACCCCAAGUUUGAGUACGUUUGCAAGCUGGUGGCUGGUGAGUGUCUCAUCUUUGAUAACUGGAGAGUUCUGCAUGGAAGAAAGGGCUUUGUCGGAAACAGACGAAUGUGUGGAGCUUACCACGCCAGAGAUGACUUCCUCUCGACUUUUAGACUGACCAACUUUGGACGAGAGAAGGUGCUCUCGGAUCUGUGA